AUGUAGAUGUCUAGAUUGAUUCUAUUAGUAUGUUUACUGAAUUACCAAAAGAUAUUUUCAGGUAUUAAUUAUUUUAUAUAUAGUGAAAUUACAAAUUAUUACAAAUAACUUGGAUUUAUCAUUGUGAAUUCAGGAUAUUUAUGUAUACAUGAAAAGAAAUUUAACUUGUCUCAAAUAUCAGUCAUUUAAAUAUACAUAAAUGAAUCCUAUUAUUUAGAGUUUUCACCGAAAUAGUUCUUAUAUUAAUCAGGAGAAUAUAUCUAACUCCCUUUUAAAUAAUCAAAGUAUCAAUAUUAGUUUUUAAAUUAGAAAGAAAUCAAUAAUAUUUGGAUUAACUUUUUUAGAUAAUUUAUACUUGACAAUAAAUUAAAAUUAAAAAAGUCUUUCAUUUUCAUAAAGUGACUGUCAAAGUUCAGUACAAAACUCAAGUUCUUAUAAAUAUUUUGCAUUUUUAUUAGUGUUUAGUAUUUUAAUAUUGUUUGCAAUUAUAAUUAAGUUAUUCAAAAAAUAAAAAUAAUAUGGCACAGUGGCUCAAGUUUAAGAAGUAGAAUUACAAAAUUCAACAAUUUAAAGAGAAAAAGAAGAUGAAGAAGAAGAAUAGUUGUGA